AUGACUGGAGGCGGCAAGUCCGGCGGAAAGGCCAGCGGUUCCAAGAACGCGCAAUCUCGUUCCUCCAAGGCCGGUCUCGCAUUCCCCGUUGGUCGUGUUCACCGUCUGCUCCGCAAGGGCAACUACGCUCAGCGUGUCGGUGCCGGUGCCCCCGUCUACCUCGCCGCAGUUCUUGAGUACCUCGCCGCUGAGAUUCUCGAGCUGGCUGGCAACGCCGCUCGCGACAACAAGAAGACCCGUAUCAUUCCCCGUCAUCUUCAGCUCGCCAUCCGCAACGAUGAGGAGUUGAACAAGCUUCUCGGUCACGUCACGAUCGCCCAGGGUGGUGUUCUGCCCAACAUUCACCAGAACCUGCUGCCCAAGAAGACUGGCAAGACUGGCAAGAACCAGAGCCAAGAGUUGUAA